ACCGUGCAUCGUGGCCCAGGCCGAGGCGGCGACUAGCUCGCAGAGAGCGGGGCUGUCCGCCGACUCGCGAUACUGACGCUGGGUCCCAGGGAGCCUGGGUCGUGCCCGGUGCCUGGUGUCCAGCUUUCUGACCUUACCGCUGGGCGAACAGCUGCGCGUCCCGGAGGGCGCUCUGGAAGUGGGGGUUCCUGGAAGAGAGGGGCCCAGGAAGUAUCCACAGGCUGCCUUUGCUUGCCAGGCACAUCCCGUGCACAGCUUAGAGCGCGUAUGUAAAGGAGGAAGCUGGGUGGAGAGGCUGUGGGACGUGCUGAAGGUCAUCCAGCCCCGAGCGCAAGCCACCCGACGCGGCGGAGACCAGACGUGUAUCCCCGGGAGGAUCUUUUCAGCAGCUGGACAGGAGCAUCAGGCCCAUGCUGCUGCUGAUUUGGGCACCCAAGGCUUGGCACAGGCUCUCUCCUCUCAAGCCCCCAGCGCUCCUUUGGACCCCGGGAGGUGAGGCCCGACAUGUGAGGUACCGGCUCCUGUCAAGGCAGGGCCCUGGAGAGAGGGGCAGGCAGACCCAGCCCCAGGGCCCUGGGUUUCGGACCAGGCUGUUGAUCACUGGUUUGUUUGGGGCUGGAUUGGGCGGGGCCUGGCUGGCUGCAAGGGCUGAGAAGGAGCGGAGGCGACAGCAACAGCGGACCGAGGCCCUGCGCCAGGCAGCUGUGGGCCAGGGUGACUUCAGCCUGCUGGACCACCGGGGACAAGCGCGCUGCAAAGCUGACUUCCGGGGUCAGUGGGUCCUGAUGUACUUUGGGUUCACUCACUGCCCCGACAUCUGCCCCGACGAGCUGGAGAAGCUGGUGCAGGUGGUACAGGAGCUGGAGGCCGAGCCCGGCCUGCCCCCGGUGCAGCCCGUCUUCAUCACUGUGGACCCCGAACGGGACACCGUUGCAGCCAUGGCCCGCUACGUACAGGACUUCCACCCACGGCUGCUGGGCCUGACCGGUUCUGCUGAGCAGGUAGCCCAGGUGAGCCGCAGCUACCGCGUGUACUACAGCGCUGGCCCUAAGGAUGAGGACCAGGAUUACGUCGUGGAUCACUCCGUUGCCAUCUACCUGCUCAGCCCUGACGGCCUCUUCACAGACUACUACGGCCGGGCCAGGUCAGCACAGCAGAUUGCGGACAGCGUGAGGCGCCACAUGGCUGCCUUCCGCAGCGUCCUGCACUGAGUCGGGUCAUUAAAGAGGGUGUGAUGGA